AUAUGGUUUAAAUGAUAACUUACAAAGUCUGCAUUAGAAAUCCGGCACCAAAACUACGUCAGCCUGACCAGUGGUCAGCCGAGUUCAACGACUUUGUCGCACGAUGUCUAGUCAAAGAUUUUGAACAGCGACCUUUUGCCCAUGACCUUCUGACACACCCCUUCAUAACACAGGUCCCUAGGGACACCGGCCAGCUGCAGGCCCAGAUAGCCAGCAUCACGUCCACCAUGGAGAGGAAAGUCUCCGAGCCUGACAUCACCACCAAGCACGGUCAGCUCAAGUCCAACCGCAAGUCCAGGAGGGAGACGCCAUCUACCUGCGAGAACCUGGCGCUCCUAGAGGUUCUGGAUGAGGAAACAAUAGUCAACCAGCUGUUGAACCGCUACUCCCAAGAUGAGAUCUACACCUACAUAGGGGACAUCCUAUUGGCUGUUAACCCUUUCAUCUCCCUGCCUAUAUACAGUGAUGAGUAUGUGAAGAUGUACAUGCAUGCCAUGAAGGCAGACAACCCCCCUCACAUCUUCGCAGUAGCUGACCAGUCCUAUCAGAUGAUGAUGCACAACAAGCAUAGCCAGUGUAUUGUCAUCAGUGGGGAGAGUGGGGCAGGAAAGACAGAGAGUGCUAAUCUCCUGGUGCAGCAGUUGACGCAGCUAGGCAAGGCUCCCAACAGAACGCUAGAGGACCGCAUCCUCCAGGUGAACCCGCUGAUGGAGGCGUUUGGUAACGCUAAGACUGUCAUCAACGACAACUCCAGCAGGUUUGGGAAGUACCUGGAAAUGUUUUUCACAGCCUCGUCUGGGACUGUGGUUGGUGCAAAAAUCACUGAGUACCUGCUAGAGAAGUCCAGAGUUAUCCACCAAGCCAGUGGGGAGCAGAACUUCCAUAUUUUUUAUUAUUUACAUGAUGGUUUGAUGGCCAGUCAAAGAGAGGCUGAGUAUCAUUUAAAGCAACACACUGUUUAUAAAUAUAUCACAGAGUACACAGAGAGGCCUUCAGAAAUUUCUUCCAUUUCAAUCAACCGAGUCAAAUUUAGAGCAAUAGAACAUUGUUUUGAUAUCAUUGGGUUUAAGCAGGAGGAGGUGUCAUCUGUUUACGCCAUACUGGUAGCAAUCCUACACACAGGCAACAUUGAGUUUACAGCCAAAGACUCAGGGUACGGAGGGGAGGCGUGUGUUGUAUCUAACACAGAGCUUAUCUCAAUAGUCUCUGAGUUGCUGGGACUAGACUACACAGACCUGCUAGAGUGCCUUACAACCUCUGGAAUGGUGGCCAAAGGGGAGGUCAUCAUCAGAGACAACUCAGUUCAAGAGGCCAUGGAUGCUAGAGACGCCAUGGCCAAGGCCCUGUAUGGCCGUCUGUUCAGCUGGAUAGUCAACAGAAUCAGUACAUUGCUGAAGCCAGACCAUAAUGAUAGAAAUGUGGAUCAGUUCUAUACAGUGGGGCUCCUGGACAUCUUUGGCUUUGAGAAUUUUAAAACCAACUCGUUUGAACAGCUGUGUAUUAACAUAGCUAACGAGCAGAUACAGUACUACUUCAACCAGCACAUCUUUGCCUGGGAAUUGGAGGAGUACAAGAAUGAAGAAAUUGAUGCCACAGAAGUGGCCUAUGUUGACAACCGGCCCAUCCUGGACAUGGUGCUGUCCAAACCUGUUGGCCUGUUGGCCCUUCUGGACGAGGAGAGCCACUUCCCCAAGGCCACCGACUCCACUCUUGUUGAAAAGUUUCAUCAGAACAUCAAAUCAUCUAUUUAUUCACGGCCAAAAUCCAAUGAGCUUUCCUUUGGUAUAGAUCAUUAUGCAGGCAAGGUGGAGUAUGACGCCCAGGGUUUCCUGGAGAAAAAUCGUGACCGCCUUCCUUCAGAGAUCACCAACAUCAUGAGGAUGUCUGAGAACAGUGUGGUCAAAUCUCUGUUCCAAACUCCUCUAACAAAAACAGGUAACCUCCAAAGUGGCAGCUCCAGGAACAGCAGUCGAGGUGGUAGCCCCAUGUCCACAUCCCCAGGUGUAACAAUAGCCACCUACACGUCUAAAGGCUCCAGCCUUGGUGGGAGCAGGAUAUAUUCUCAUCUACAUGCCCAAGGGUCAGCCAGUAUGACACGUAUACAACAGACAGUGGCCACGUACUUCAGGUACUCAUUGAUGGAUCUGCUCAACAAGAUGGUGUCUGGUACACCCCACUUUGUCAGGUGUUUAAAGCCCAAUGACACCAAAGAGCCAGGCCACUUCAACUCCGAGCGCAUCACGACACAGCUGCGUUACACAGGUGUUCUGGAGACCACACGCAUCAGGCGCCAAGGCUACUCACAUAGGAUCGUCUUCUCAGAGUUCUUAAAGAGGUACCACGCCCUGGGUUUCAGGCACGAUGAAGCUGUAUCAGUGAAUGGCGCCAGCUGCAGCCGCCUGCUAGACAACCUGGGCAUGACAAACUACGCCAUUGGCAAGUCCAAGGUGUUCCUGAAGUACUACCACGUAGAAGAUUUGGCCCAGCGCUAUGAAGAUAUGUGCCAGAAAAUAGUUCGAGUCCAGUCCUACAUACGUAUGUGGCUGGCACGUACCAGGUUCUACCAGUUUAGAUGGAGGAGGGAGAAAGCCAGCAUUGUCAUACAAAAACAUAUGAGAGGAUUUGUUACAAGGAAAAAAUACACAGCAAUCAAAAAUCAAAGAAAUGAGGCAGCCACUACAAUACAAAAAGCGAUGAAAGGUCACGUAGCCAGGAAAAAAUACAAGCCUGUCAUAGCCAAGAGAAGGGAGGCCGCAGUGGUCAUCCAGGCCAAUGUCCGAGGCUACCUGUGCAGGAAGAAGGUCCAGCACAUGAAGGUCAUCAAGGAGGAAGAAGAGGUCCAGACUAGGAAGGAGAUGGAGGAUGAGAAGGCCAAGAAAAUACAAAGAUAUUACAGAAGACACCGCGUGAAAAAGACAACAAAUGCCAGAGUUGAGGCGAGGAAGAGAAAGGAAAAGUCGGCCGUGAAGAUCCAGUCUUUCUAUCGCAUGUGGAAAGCCAGGGUGGCCUACAGUAAACUCAUGAAGGAGCGGAGCAGGCAGGCGGCCAAACUUGUUUUAUUUGGCCAACAGUUAGAAGACCAGAUUGAGGUACCAAGCACAUCUCCUGCUGAAAUAUCCCAGAGUUCUUUGAACAACUCACCCAGUAAAAAGGUGUGGGAGAGCCUGACAACAGCAGACGUCAGCGAGUCCAGGCUGGAACAGAUGAAAAAAAUGAAUGACGUCAAGGAGCUGAUGCCUCAGACAGAGGCUGAUUACUAUGAUAUGGUGAACGAGGACGAGCUUAGCCUGAGGGUGAUGAGCAGCCUGGCGCCAGCAGUCUCCGUCAUCGUCAACAGCGAGGACGGCUCUGUGGAACCGGACUAUGACAUGGACGACGAGGUCAUGAACUUCAUGCACAGCCACAUCCAUAAACAACUGUUGAAGUUUUCCGGCAAAGGGGCGUGGGGCGCCAAGCAGAAGCCGCAACAGCAAGGGCUCAUGGACCAGGACACCAAGGCCUAUUUCGAGGAGGUCAUCCGUGGCUCCGCCCUCUUCGGGCUCAUGCCCUCGCGGGAAGACAACGAUGGAUUCGAUGAUGAGGAAGAGACGUUCGACUAUAGCUCCGCCAUGGACAACUCACCAGAUUACCACAGUGAGCCCACGCACGAAGAGACGGCCCGCACUCAACUCAGCAGAAUUCUGCUAGCCAAAAAAGUGGCGGAGGCCUUCAUGUCUCACAAGACUGACAGGAGCAGUGCGGAUGAUGAUGAUGACAGCUAUGUCAACCCCACCAAGCCAGGGCCACUCACUGACAGCAUGGCAAGUCUCACCUGGGAUGCACCUCUCAGGUCUGCCAAGGAAAAUGCUCUGGCACCUGAUGAUUACAAUGAAAACCUGAGCGGUCGCAUCAGCCGUAGCAGCGAGUUCACCAUUGAGGCUGAUCUUCAGACUGAGAGAGGUGAUCUGUUAGAAGAAGAAAGUGCGGUGGAGAUGGCCAAAAGACUGGAGAACGAACUAGCUGGCAGUAUCCUGGCUUUGUGGCAGCAGCGCCUGACCCAGUCGUCAUCUUUUGAUGAGGACAUUGAGAUAGAAUACGCCUCCGAGUCUGAGAGGGACAGCACAGACCCCCCCUCCCCUGCUGGGGAUGAUCCGUCUGUUGUCGCUCUCUCUAAACAGACUUCUCCAAGUCGUUCCUUGGUUGACAGGAAUGGCAACAGACCAUCCAGCGCUUCCCCCAUCAAACUGCCCAUCAGCAGCGGUGAGGCAGGCACCAGCCCAGCACUUGAGGAGAUCAGAUCGAGGCUGAGGAAGACACAGUUUGACUACACGGCCGACACGCGCGUCAGGAUCUGUGAUGCCACGCCACAGCUGGACUACCGGAGUGUUCUCAAGAAGAAAGGCAAUGCCUAACCUGACGUAAGGCCUGACUUGAUGCAAGGCCUAGCACAACCCAAUGUUUAACUUGAACCAAAGCCUAACAGUCCCAUGUUAACUGUAUUUCUUGGCCAUCAUAGAUGUAUGUUAGAAUGUGCAUACAUAGUAUCCGUAUGAAUUAAUCGGCCACUUAGCGGGUAAUGUGAAAGUUAUUUAACAUUCAAAACUUGUUGAUUGUUAUUCUUUAUUUGAUCUGAUUUGGUUGAUCUUGUUUUUCCAUGUAAAGCUUAACAACCUAUCAUUGCUUAUAUUGGAUCAUUUAACUUAAUCUCAAAUAUAAAAAUUUCAUUAAUCCAAUAAAUAUAAACAUAACAUAUAACUAUAUGUUAAAUUUUUUUACUAAAGAUUAACCCUUUAAUUAAUCAUAUCUAUCAAAUUACUAACACUAUUCAUGAAAAAAUUGUAUCAUAAUCCUACAAAUAAUUUUUUUAAGUUUGUGGAUGAACACAUAAAACCUUGUAGGUUUCAAACCUAAUCCUUUCAAACACCAGGGCAGGAAAUUAAAUCAGUUUGUCAAAAUACUUUCAGUUUAAUCAUCAAAGUCGAACAACCUGUGUUCAAAAAUUGUCAAAACCAACACCAAAGAUUGUUUCACUAGAACUUGGCAGGCAGUGGGUGUAAAAUAAACUGGGUUUGAUUGAUUUUGUCCAUUGCUACAUUGCUCAUUAUACUGUGAUGAUGAAUAUUGUAUACAAUUUUAUAUUUGACGUCAAAUUGUUCAAAGAUAUUCACUAUACACAUCUGUAAUUCAUCAUAUAUCAAUGUUUAAUAUAAUGUAUUAUUUUUAAUUGACUAAUUCUUGGAACAAACAUUCCUUAACUUCCACUUAUUAUAUAUUUUUAAGCCACAAGAACAAUGAUCAAAUAAUUUAUCAUGGAAUAUUGUACUUUGAAUAUUUUGUGUCUAGAGUUCUUUCAGUUUUUUUUUGGCAUUUAAAAAAUAAAAAAAAUGCCCAUUGUGAUUUUAUUUGAUAUUUUAUCAUUUUUUUUUGUUGGCUGUGUGUUUUAAGUUUUGUUUACAAAUAUUUUUAAAAACAUUAUUCCGUUAUGUUUGUUAUUUUGUAAUGCAUUGGUUUGAUGGAACUCUAAAUCUUGAGUUUUUGAACCUUGCUUAGUUUUAUAAAGGAUAAGCAAUUGAGAACACUGUUGUUGAAUUUAAAAAUAAACAUUCCAUCCAUCCAUAAUUCACCAUUGCUAUCCCUAUCUCAUACCAUCAUCUACCAUUUAUUUAAUUAUUCAGCUUGAUUCUCUAACCACCAUCUCAUACAAUUAUAUAAUCAUACAUGUUAAACUUACAAUUGUUUUUAUGUUAAAUGUAACAAAAACAAGGUUAAAGCCACAAAAAGCAUAAUUAAUCACUCUUUUUCUUGCAUUUUGUUUAUGUUAUCUGUGUAUGUUGAUCAUGUAUGCAAUCAUUCAUACAUGAACUUAUAAUUCCAUAUCCCACUUCCAACAUUAAAAUAUUUGUAUGAGCCCAUGACUAAAAAAAAUGAUAUAUUCCUUAUAACCAAAGUUCCAAUUGCUUUUUAUAACUGUAGCUAGUUCUAUAUUGUUUGUGUUCAGCUAGAGUUGGUGACAUGACUGUGUUCAUAGCUGUCUUCAUCUAUUUGUUUCAUAUGUCGCACAUGACUUAACUAUAUUUUUUUUCUAGCCAGUGACCAUUGAUUUUUUUAAAGUGGUUGAUUACUCUAAUAGAUAUUGUGUAGGUAUCAUCACUGGCAUUGUUAUCCCAUCAACAUUAAUAUAGGUUGUAAUAUUCUAGUUAUGAGACACAUAUGUAACUUUAACAUUUAAAAAUAUGUAACAUUGUACCCAAAAUGUAACUGUUACGUUAAAAAAGCAAGUAACACUAAUAAAAAUUGUUUUAAGUCCGAGUGUUUCCAAGACCCACAAUAACCAAAAGCAAUUUUGUUUCUGUAGAAAUGUUUCAUUGCUUCAUGCCAAUGUACAAUAAUGGUAACCUCAGUCAAAGUCUUGUGUUCAUAAUUUGUUGAAUUUGAAAUUUUGUUGCACGUUUGUUGUAAUAUCAUUGUUGUAUCUAGUUGUGCAGUACCACACCUAGCAGCCCCCACCCCCCUCACACAUGAUGGCAUUGUGCCACACCCUCCAACCCCCACCCCAACAGAAUGACGCCAUUAGUUUUCCAAUGUUAGUUUACAAUGCCAGCAAUAGAUCCAGAGCCCCUUCUGCAAUGUCUUCCCAUCAGCUGCUUUCAUGGUUCCACGUCUCAGUAGACACUUUUGUUUGAUUAGCACUUUAGACAUGGUUAAUUAGUUGAACCUGUUAGUUCAUUUAAUUAAUUAAUCUAAAUUAAAUGAAUAUGUGAAUUAACUGGAGCAGCUUCUUUCAUGGUUACGUAUCUCAAGUAAACAAUUUUUUUUUUAAUUAGCACUUUAGAUUUGGUUAAGUAGUUGAACCUGUUAGUUCAUUAAAUUAAUUAAUCUAAAUUAAAUAUGUGAAUUAACUGGAGCAGCUUCUUUCAUGGUUACGUAUCUCAAGUAAACACUUUUUUAAUUAGCACUUAAGAUUUGGUUAAUUAGUUGAACCUGUUAGUUCAUUAAAUUAAUUAAUCUAAAUCAAAUGAAUAUGUGAAUUGACUGUAGCAGCAAUGUAAACAGAAACAGUAGCGUCACGAGGCAGGGUAGGGGAAUGUGGUCCGCUGAGGGUGGAACAAUAAUAGUACCUCAAUCAUCCAAACAUUGGUUUGUGCCAGUUAAGGUUAUAUAGGGUGGGGGUGACAUCAAAUGAGUUAGUGGAGUGACACCCAACCUAGUGACGUUACUGAUUUGUAAUUCAGUCUUCAAAGCUGAGUGAUCCCCCAUCAGCAGGUAAAUGAAACAUUGAUUUCUUUUUUAGAUAUUAAAGUGUAUGCAGUAUUUUAGAUAUAUGUACAAACUAAGUUGUAGACCACAUGUAGUGUAUGUUAAAUAAAUAUCACGAGGUAAUAAAAAUGUAUUUAUUUGAUAAUAAAAAAACCUCAGUAUAUUAAAAACAACAAAUUUACUUGACAUGUUUUUAAAAGCAUCGAUUAUUAAUAUAACUAUAACCACAUUUCUUAGUGUGUAGGUUUUGUAGGUGUACGCUAAGAUAUUGAAUCUUCUGAUGUCCCUUUAUUGUUAUGUCCCUUUAUCUAAGCAUGUUGGUCCAAGUUUAUAGUAGAAGGAUGGUGGGAGGUUUUUGCUUGUUACUAUGAUAAUCCUGGUUUAGCCUAUAGAGACAGAACUUCGGUGAGAGGGUUUAGAAGCUUGUUGGCUACACUUUAUUAAAGGACUUGUGUAAAGAGUGGAGUAGUUUAGUGCUAUUGUGAUUUGCAUGUGUAGUUCUGUUAUAUUUAGGGGAGCAGGGCUGGCCCAUGUGACCCCCACAGUACUAGAACUACAGGGUCGGCCCAUGUGACCCCCACAGUACUACAGGGUCGGCCCAUGUGACCCCCACAGUACUACAGGGUCGGCCCAUGACCCACACAGUACUAGUACUAUAGGGCUGGCCCAUGUGACCCACACAGUACUACAGGGUCGGCGCAUAUGACCCCCACAGUACCAGUACUACAUAGCCGGCCCAUGUGACUCCCCACAGUACAAGUACUACAGGCUGACCCAUUACGCACACAGUACUAGUACUACAGGGUCGGCCCAUGUGACCCCCACAGUACAAGUACUAUAGGGUCGGCCCAUGUGACCCCCACAACACUAUAGGCUAUAACUUUAGUGCUAACCAUAGCAAUGUAAUCAAUGGAUCGAUGUUCAAACUAAAAUCAACUAAUUUUGUACGAUUCUUCAGAAAUAAAACAAUACUUUUUCUAUC